AUGUGCACAAUGCAGCCGAUUCUGAAUAGUCAUUUGAAUGAACUAAAUGAAGAUAUCUUCCAUCAUUUCGGAUUCACAACAAAGUCAUUUGAUUUCAAACAAAAGUUUGGUGAUGUCAAGUUCGUCUGUGUAUGUGGUAGCAGUAAUAGAAUUCAUAAUUUUGCAAUAUCAAUGGCUAAAUUAGCUGGUAUACAGUUACCUGUAGAAAAUAUUGCCGGUUCUCAUGCUAGAUUUGUACUUUACAAAGUAGAUCAUAUAUUAUUUGCAGAUCAUGGAAUUGGUAUACCAUCAACAUUAAUUCUAAUGCAUGAAAUGACAAAAUUAUUACAUUAUGCUGGUUGUAAAGAUGUAUUAUUUAUACGUCUAGGAACGUGUGGUGGUUUAGGAGUGAAGCCCGGUACACUUGUGAUGUCCGAUCGUUGCGUAAAUACCAAAUUAGAGCCAUAUAACGAAUUGUGUAUUCUUGGUAAACCUGUCCGUCGACAAACUAAAGUGGACCUAAACGCUGUAAAUGAAUUAAAAAAGCUUUCUGAGAAUCUUUCAUCACAAUGUUCAGUUGUUGUUGGGGGUACAAUCACUGCAAAUGACUUUUAUGAAGAGCAAGGAAGAUUGGAUGGAGCGAUUUGUUCUUUUAGCCAAGAAGAGAAAUUAGCUUAUCUUAAGUCGGCUUAUGAUCAUGGCAUAAGAAAUUUGGAAAUGGAGGGUACUGCAAUUACAUCUCAUUGCAAUUCAACUGGUCAUCGAGCUAUUCUAGUUUGUGUAGCAGUUGUAAAUCGUCUUGAAAAUGAUCAAGUUACAAUAUCUGCGGAUGAUUUUAAAUUAUUUGAACAGUUACCUGGUAAAUUAGUUGGAGAAUAUUUGAAAAGAAACAGUGGGCUAAUUGCUCGUUAAUGCAUGAAACAUAAUUGUUAAAUAAUGUGAUCAAUUUUGUUAACUGUGAAUGAACAAUUGAAUGACUUUUAAUUGAGGUUUUUUAUGUAAACUUUACUAUUUGAUUAGCUUACUACAUUGUAAUCGGCUUUUUAAUUGUUGUAGUGGUUAUUUUUAACAUUUUGAAAUAUUCUAGGUAAUUUUAGCCACUUGAUUCCUUUUGUUGUUAAAACUACUUUAGAUUGUCU